GGCGACAAGGACGGCGCCGACUCGGCCAAGCAGGACGAGGCCAAGGGCGGCGUGUCGACCGGCCAGAGCCUGCUCGUCGGCGCGGGCCUCAUCUCGGCCUCGUCGUCGUCGUCGUCUGCGGCCGCCGCCACCACCGGCGUCGACGGCCCGCUGUCGCACCGCGACGCGCUCGUCAUCAUCGAGCAGGUGUACGACUGCGUCCUCGACCUCGAGCAGCUGCGGCGCAUCCAGCCGCAGCUGCACGGUCAGGAGCACCAGCUCCGCCAGCAGCUCGAGCAGAUGACGGUCGAGGGCGGCGUCAAGGACGGCCUCGUCGCGAGGUGCGACGAGGCGAGCGCGGCCGUGCGCGAGAGCGAGGACAAGUACCGCGAGCUCGUCGCGAGGCUGUGGGACAACCUGCACGUCAUGGACCCGCUCGACGCCUGCGAGCCGCACCCGUUCGUAUCGCUCCUCGCCGUCACCAAGGGCAAGCGCAUCCUGCCUCGCGCCAUCCGCCACCUGUCGGCCGAGCAGACCUUGACGGUCCUCACGCUCCUCGUCGCCACGUUCGACACGCUCGACGUCGUCGUCAACGCGCCGCUCCUCGACCACCUCGACACGGCCACGUCGGCCGAGGGCCGUGCGCGCCGCGCCGCCGUCGAGGCCAAGACCGAGGCCCUCCUCAACUCGAUCGUCGCGCCCGUCAUGGCCGUCGUCGGCCAGGCCCAGCUGCGCAUGGUGACGGGCAUGCUCGGCCUCUUGAUGGACCGCAACGACCUGUCGCGCGUCCUGCGGUCCAAGCCGGGCCUCGCCUUCCUCACGAUCCUCCUGUCGCGCGCCGAGUCGCUCAAGCAGCAGCAGCCGCAGCAGCCGCAGCCGCAGCAGCCAGCGGGCGCAGCACCGGCACCGGCAGCGUCGGCCGCACCCGAGCCCGCCGAGCUCGAGCAGUGGCACCGCACGUUCACGCACCUGUUCGGCGUCCUGCAGCAGCAGCUCGUCGCCCUGUUCCCCUCGUCGCGCCUCGCCGCGUCGCUCCCGUUCGGCGUCGCCCAGUACCAGAGCCUCGACGCGCUCCGGCCCGAGUGCGACCUCGACGACGAGCCCGUGUGGCGCUUCCUCGCGGCCGUCGCCGUGUGCGCCGACCCGGACCAGCAGCAAGUGCUCGUCACGGGCGUCCGCGACAAGGUCAUCGAGGGCGUCAGGGCCGCGAGGCAGGGCGCCAAGGCGAGGGGCGCCCAGGCCGUCGCGCCCGAGAAGGCCGCGUUCAAGGUCCGCAACGUCAACCUCCUCCUGCACGCCCUGUCGCUCGACGCGUCCAUGAUCGAGACGGACGACGAGUAGACCCCGCUCGAACCCCCUCUUCCUCCUCCUUUUUCUUCUUUCGACUCUCGUCCCCUCUUUUUGUCCCUGUACCUGUCCUCCUCUUCUCUCACUCUCUCUCAUCCUAUCUCUCUCGCGCUAGAGCCAAAUCAGCAAUGCAACGAAAGUACCCGUCCCU